CUCGCUCCUUCUCCGCAGUCGCUCGUUGGAUAAAACAGUGAUGUCAGAUAUCACCAAGGCCUUUCUAGACACUUAAGGACGACAACAAGCAGCCCGGCUCAGUCACCACUUGUUAGCCAUGGCCGCUGUCGAAACAUCGCAGCCGCCACCGGCGCCCGCAGACCCUCCGAAAGAGCCCGCCUUCCCGCUCCCGAGAAUCCUCACCCUGCCCUCGUCAACAGUGCCCGAACUCAUCACACAGGGCGCCGAGGGCCGCUUGUACAAGUCGACAUACCUCCUCCCGACCCUUCCCUGCGCGCUCAAACACAGGCCGUCCAAGCCAUGGCGGCAUCCCGUCCUAGAUGCCCGGCUUACGCGCCACCGCAUCCUCUCCGAGGCGCGCAUUCUCAUCAAGUGUCGGCGUGAGGGCGUUCCGGUUCCCGCCGUCUACGCCGUCGAGAUCUCGGACGAGCUCGCAGCGUCCGCCAUCGCCACGGGCAAAUCGGCCCCAGCAGCAGCAGCAAUCACAAUCAUACCCACACAGCCUGCGCCACAAGCGCAGCCAGGCGCCCACGCCACGGGCGGUGGCUGUCUCACGCUGGAAUGGAUCGAAGGCGAGCCCGUCCGGAAGCCGAUAAACGAGUUCCUCAAACGGCGCCGCGACGCCGAGCGAAAAGCGGGACGGGCUGGCGACGCACCUGUGACGGGCGACCUACCCGAGGACGCCGACUUGGUCGACGUGAUGCGCCGGAUCGGCUCUGCGGUCGGCCGGCUGCACCGAGUUGGUGUGAUACACGGCGACCUGACGACGAGCAAUAUGAUGCUGCGCCAUUCUCGGAACACAUCCACGACGUCCAGCAACAGCAACAAUAACAAGCGGAAACACGGAGAUGAUACAAGCGCGGAUUCAGCUCCUACCACCACCAACACCGCCGCGGGCGCCGGCCCCGAAGACUCAGCCACAUCCAUCUUGGACGGCGAGAUUGUAAUCAUCGACUUUGGCCUUGCCACUCAGGGCUCCGCCGACGAGGAUCGCGCGGUAGAUCUGUACGUUCUAGAGCGGGCUUUUGCGAGCACCCAUCCCCGCGCCGAAGGGCUGUUUCGGGUCGUCUUGGAGGCGUACGGAAAGGAGUUCAAGGGCGCCGGAGUGGUUCUCAAGAAGCUCGAGGAUGUCAGGAUGCGUGGGAGGAAGAGAAGCAUGAUUGGCUAGCUUGAGGGGGGCCCCUGGCCUGGUUUACAAAGGUACCAAAAGCACAACAGCGAUAUUGAAUGCGACCACGACGAUCUGGACACAGGUCGAUGCCCAUUGGCAAGGAAUGGGCCAGCACCUAAUCGCUGCCCGGCAUGAUAUGGUCCAAUGUGUUUGUUGCUGUUUUCAGGGCGAUGCUGGUGC